GUUGAAAAAAAAAGAAAGAAAAGAAAAUGUAGGAUAACUAAAUGUUCAAAUUAAGGACAUGAAAUAAAAGUAAUUUUCAUUUAAUAAUCAGUUGUUGAAUCAUCAGCACUCGAGUGAGGGGAUACUCAUGGUAUGACAAAAAGGCUCAGGAGGUACACAAGACAAAAAAUGUUGGUAACCACUGAUGCAGACCAUCACUGUGGCUCUGGAUUCUGUUUUUAUUCCAUAUUUUCAAACGGACAAGGAGAAACAAAUACACCAUCCUAAACUGUCUGUGCUAGAAACUAGUAGAAACUACUCAAAAUGAAGAUGAAAGAUGUGGAAGAAAAACAGAUCAUAUGUGUGCGCCUCAUUCGAGAAAUCUUGGCAGGUCAGAGCAGCAGCCACUUUCAGCAGAUUACUCUUACUUUGAAAAAGUGCGACCGGAAUCGCUGUUCUCUAUUGUCGGUGGGGCACACGAAUAUUGACGGUAGUAGGCUCAGACUCCAUUCUCCCGUACAGCUUCAGUGAGCACCGUCGCAUCCUCGGCAUGGCAUCUGAAGAGCUAGCUAGGAAGCUGCAGUCGCGGCUGGCCGCUACGCAGGAGACUGAGCCGAGGCCGGAGCGCGAACAGAGCCCAGUCCGACCCAAACCGCAGGAGCCCGAAGCAGCCUGCGGAGACUCGUCCUCGGAGCUGUGCGUCAAACUGACCCGCAGGCUGGACAUCAACGACGGCAACGCUGCUCCUCGACCGACCCGCGUCUUCAACCCCUACACGGAGUUCAAGGAGUUCUCCCGCAAGCAGAUUAAGGACAUGGAGACGAUGUUCAAACGGUAUGACACUGGUAAAGAUGGCUUCAUCGACCUGAUGGAACUAAAGCUGAUGAUGGAGAAGCUGGGAGCUCCACAGACGCACCUGGGCCUCAAGAACAUGAUCAAAGAAGUGGACGAAGACUUUGACGGAAAACUAAGUUUCAGAGAGUUCUUACUGAUCUUCCGGAGAGCUGCAGCUGGAGAGCUGCAGGAGGAGAGUGGUCUGAUGGCUCUGGCAAGACUGUCUGAGAUCAAUGUUUCCACUGAGGGAGUCAUGGGGGCCAAGGACUUCUUUGAAGCCAAGAUGCAAGCUGUGUCUCAGGGCAGCAAGUUUGAGGCUGAGAUUCGAGAGGAAAAAGAAGAACGCAAAAGACAGGACGUGGAGAAGAAACAGAGACAAGCCGCCUUCAAGCAGUUGCAAUCCACCUUCUGCUCAUGACCCGCCACAAGGGACUGAUGAGAAUUCCUGACAUGCAUGUCAGUGUUACUAAGAUUUUAGAAAUAGCUUCACACACCACUUAUACUUUAACCAAACCAGAAUUUGGCACUUUAUAACAACAAUGAAAAGAUGCAUUUAAAGUAAAUACUCACUAAAAUACUUGAAAAUACCUGAGAAUGCAUCAUAGGCAAGAGUUAUUCAUAACAGACUUUCUGCAACCAUUCCACAGAAAACACAAUGCAAAAACAUGGCUUCAGAUGUGUAAGGAAAUAUAUACAUAACACCACAAAUGUGCAUUUCUGUGGGCCAUAUGAUGUUAUUAUUUACAUACUUACUUAAUACUAUUCCUACUACUACUACUACUACUACUAAUAAUAAUAAUAAUAAUAAAGAUGAUAAUAAUAAUAAUAACAAAAAUAUGACAUCAUAUAGUGUGUACACAUUUUAGUGACAAUGUAAGCCAUAUGCACUUUUUGACCACUGACUUUGACUCUUGGCUCCACUGACCAACAUUAAACAGGUUGUAGUGUGACUGCCUUUACACAGUCUGUACAUUGAAACAAUCUGGACCACUGCUUUCAGUCCUAAUGCUAAGCUAGUCUAACCACCACCUGACUCCAGUUUAGUACUUAAAGUGAAACUCUCACCACAAUGCAACCUAUGCUUUUUUUGUAAAUGUACCUGAAUCAAACCUUUGUGUCAAAGCAUGAUUAUGACGAAAGAGGCACUUUUAAGAUUUACAGUAUUUUCGUUUUUUGGGUCAAACUCACUUUAAAUGGAAGUGCUACGGGCAAAUUAACGAUAGCAUCAAAAUCACUAUUUUUAAAACACUAAGAAGGCUGGACACAGCAUGAAACUUUACAUGUAGUAUCACCAGGAUCUCUACACAUGAACAUGAGCAUUGAGAAUAUUGUUUAUGUAUACAGAGUUUACUAAAAAGAAGGUUUUUGAACAACUCAUGUUAGCAGUAGCUAACAUCCCAAAAAUGGAGAGAGGGUAAAUCUUAAAAGUGCCUCUUUCAUCAUAAUUAUGCUUUCACACAAAGGUUUGACUCAUAUACAUUCAGAAAAAAGCCUAGGUUCUAUUUUGCCAGGAGUUUCACUUUAAAACACAGGCAUGACACUGACAUCCAUCUUCUCUUCUCCCUCCCAGAAAGAAAGAAUACAUUUCCGUAAAUGUCAAACUGUUCCCAACAAGAACAGACUGUUUCUGUUUAACUAUGCUUACCUGUUAUAAGGGUAAGGGUAAGGUUGUAACAGUCAGACAGUUGAUAAGUUGUCAUACGAAUUUGAUGAACAGAGAAAGGACCCUCACCUUCUGUUGGACCACCAUGGGACCUUAUUUUAGAGAAAGCAUGUACUGUAGUUAAUAGAGAGAGAGAAAUUUUUGAUCCCUUUCGAAUUGUGCCAAGAAUGACAUGUCAUGUUUGUCAUUUUAAAAUAUAUAUACAUUUUUUUUGACCCAAAAGUCUGUUUGUCAUGAAGCUGUUUAUAAAUAAGACUGUGAUGUAGGUCAUUAGAAUUACUACACGGCCAACAGUUGUGUAAGUGUCAUUGUCUUUUUUAAUGCUCAUUGAAAGCUUGUAGAGUUCAUCCUGCAUGUUAGCUAGUUCACAAAACUGACUAAUGACCUUUUAAUUUAAUAAACAUCAAAUUUGUACAUCA